AUGACUAUUUUCGAAAGCGACAGCAGCACGGAUAUGGAGUCGUUGCAGCUCGGGCUGGUUCUGGCCGUGGUGAUCCUCCUGAACACGCUGCUAGACUUCACCCAGCGGCAGAAUGCUGAAAAGGUGCUCAAGAGCUUCUCCAAGCUGUGCCCUUCGAGCUCCCUUGUAAACAGGGGCGGGGAGACGCUGGAAAUCGAUUCGACCGAGCUUGUCAUGGGAGACGUGGUAACUCUCAAAGCCGGGGACAAGAUACCCGCCGACCUCCGGUUCAUCUGGUGCAACAGCGCCACGGUGGACAACUCCUCCCUCACGGGAGAGUCGGCCCCCCUAAAGAGGACGGCCACCGCCAGGACGGACAGCUCCAGGGAGGCCGAGAACAUGGGCUUCUUCGGGACAACGCUCGUGCAGGGGAGCGCCGUCGGCGUGGUCAUCCGGACGGGGGACAGCACAACCAUGGGCCAGAUCGCGGCCUCAGCGGGAGUCAAACGGGCGAUCGAGAGCCCCCUGACGGUGGAGAUCGAGAUGUUCGUGAAGAUGACGGCCGUGAUCGCCACCAUCACGGGGGUGAUCUUCUUUUGCCUGGGGUACCUGUUGGUGGACAGCGACUUCCUCGACCAGUUCGUGUUCCUAGUCGGAAUCUUCGUCGCUUUCGUGCCCCAGGGCCUGCCGGCGACCGUGACCAUGCUCCUGACCUUUGCGGCCAUGAGGCUCAAGGAUAGGAAUGUGCUGGUCAAGGACCUUACCGCGGUGGACACCCUGGGCACCAUCACCCUGCUCGCCUCGGACAAGACCGGCACCCUUACCAUGAACCGAAUGACCGUGGUGGAAGUCUGGAUGAAUGGCAAGCGCCUUUCGGCCCAGGGGGCAAGGGACGCGGGGGCUAGCUUCGGCGCCGCGCCGGAGGAGUUCGACAUCAGAGACACGCCAAACGCCUCAGCGAUGAUGGAGUGCUUCCUUCUCAACUCGACAGCGAGGUUCACGGGCGGGCAGGUGGAAGGGUUCGGGGCGGAGUCUAAGAUUAUCGGCGAUGCCACCGAGAGCGGCCUGGUCAGGUUCGCGGCAUUCAGGCUGCUGGGCAACGAGGACGUCGACGCCUUCAGAGACCAGUACCCCAAGGUGAUGGACCUGCCGUUCGACUCUGGGCGAAAGUGGUCACUGUCAAUCCACCGCAAGCCGCACUCCAAGGGGGCGCUGACGCUCUUCGCCAAGGGAGCCCCCGAAAGGGUGCUGGCCAAGUGCUCCUCGGCCCUGGGCAAGGGCCAGGCGGAGGACGCCCCUUUCGUUGCCCUGGACCGCGCGUUCGAGGUUAGCUACCAGGCGGCCUACGAGGAGCUGGCCGGCCGCGGCGAGAGGGUGCUGGCCUGCGCGAUGAUGCCGCUGGACGGGGCGGAAUUCCCGGAGGACUUCGAGUUCGAUGACGCUAACUUCCCGCAAGAAGGUUGGUCUUUCAUUGGCCUCGUGGGGCUGCGUGAUCCACCCAAGCCGGGGGUGCGGGAGGCCAUCGAGGAGUGCAACGCGGCGGGGGUGCAGGUGGUGAUGGUCACUGGGGACCACCCGCUGACGGCGGAGGCGAUCGCUCGACAGGUGGGCGAGGAUGACUAUGACUGCGCCAUCUUGCACGGGGACCAGAUCGACGAACUCACACCCGACGAAUGGGAUCGCACUCUUUCAAAGAAGGAGAUCGUCUUCGCACGCACCACCCCGCAGCACAAGCUGGAGAUCGUCACUCGAUUCCAGGCUCUUGGACACAUCGUUAGCGUAACCGGGGACGGAGUGAACGACUCCCCUGCCCUGAAGCGCUCCGACAUGGGCAUCGCCAUGGCACUCACUGGCUCCGACGUCUCGAAGGAGGCGGCGUCCAUCAUCCUGCUGGACGACAACUUCGCGAGCGUGGUGAGGGGCAUCCGAGAGGGGCGGCUGGUGUUCAACAACCUCAAGAAAAGCAUCAUGUACACCCUUUGCCACAUCGUGCCGGAGGUGAUACCCUUCCUCCUGUACGUUUCGCUCAGCAUCCCGGCGGCCAUCAACAGUUUCCUCAUCCUUUGCAUCGAUCUCGGAACGGAGAUCGGGCCUGCUCUGUCCUUCGCCUGGGAGGCAGCAGAGGAUGACAUCAUGAAAACGGCCCCGAGAAGAUUCGUGAAACCGCUGGCGCCUCCCGUGGUAGCGGAUAGGAGCGAAAUGGAGGGGCUCUCGCGGAUCAAGGACUUCGAGGUCGAAGAGGUUGAUGUGCUGGCGUCCGAGCACCAGGCGGUCGCCCACCGUCUCGGGCUGUUCUGGUUCAAACCGACGCAGAUGUCGGUGCUGGGGAGGAACGAGGAGGACGAGGUUCUCGUCGACAGCUUCGUCUUUGCGUGGAGCUACCUACAGAUCGGUGUGAUCACUUCGGUCGCGGGUCUGUCGGCGUAUUUCUGGGAGAUGUACCUCAGGGGGAUCUGCCCAUCAGACCUUCUCUGGUCCUCGGAGGAAGGGUACUUCGACGACGGCGCGGAAGAUUUCGUGACGUGUACUGGUCUCGUUCUCACCGAUGUCGCUCAGAUGGAGACACUGUACAAGGCGCAGAGCGCGUACUUCGUUUCCGUGGUACUGUGCCAGAUCGCCACCGCGCACGUGUGCAAGUUCCGGAAAGGGUUGCCGUGGGGCUCGCGCUUCCUCAUCAACAAGAGGACGUACGUGGCGUGCUUCUUCAGUUUUUGUUUUUCGAUGUUCGUCAUCAACUGUCCGGGGGUGCGCUUCGUCCUGUACGCAAGGCCGUUCAGCGCGAUCGUGGCGACGGCUCCGCUUAUCGGCGGCUUCUGUAUCGUCAUCUACGAGGCAGUCAGAAGAACGCUGUACCCGACGAUGGGCUUCGUCCCUCGGAAGCGCCUGAAGGCGGAACGGGAGCGGCUACUGUCGGCAGAGGGUGGCGGCUCGGGUACCGGCGGCGGUAGCGGUGGCGGCGGCGGCGGCGGAGGCGUUAUGGAUUUCCUGGGAGACCGAAAAGACCCCAAGUCGUACCGCCAUACAGUCGUCCAUGACGUGGAGAAGGGUGGCGUGUCCGCUACACUGUGAAGACGAGGGCCAGGAGCAUGCUGCCACCGAGGGGGCUGCCGUGAUGGCGCGGAACGCCCAACUUCGACGCGCUCGGUGGUUUCCCCUCGGGGAGAGGCGUCGGGGAAUUAUUAUGUUGAGUGUUUCCCUUGGUUCGGCGGACCUGAUACACAACACAUGUACGUGUUUGGUUGUGUGUGGAGUUGGUGAUGAACGGGUGCCGCUCAACGAUACCCGUUGUUUAUUAGAGGCAUGUUCGUGCGCCCUUUCGUUUUUUCCGCGCGUAGGUGUUUUCAUGAACGUUGUUUGAUCGCCGUCGUGGGUACACACGCUGGUGUUGCGCACUGGCUUUGGUUCCCAGUCUGGCGCAACGUGGGGACGAUCCUCGAGACCCUCGUUUCUCGGUUUUGGAUGUAUUUGGGUUUUGGAUGCAUUUGUUCCAGGGACUUGCGGGGUGUGCAUACGUGAGUAGGAUUUUUUGGGGGGGUCUCACACUUCCCUUUUACCAGGUAGUCUAGGUCGGGCUGCGGUCUGCAUCCCUCGUCUGAGUGCGUGCCUCUUCCCCGGGUCGCGAGCUCUGCGUUGUUUGGUUUUUUGCUCUUGUUGUCAUCGGUUGAUUUGACAUCAUGUCGUAGUUUUGACGUCGAUCCUGGACCUUUCUCGCUUCGUGCUCUUCGAGGCUAAAAACAUUAUUUCCUCUGUCAGAGGCUAGCAGAAGAUACGCUUCAAAACGAAGACCCAGUUAACGGGCGCAUAUUUGCAGCGAAGCUUCAGUCCGGAAGCAGAACAUUUCUGGUUUGCGCGUGGUGCACAAGUAUUGGUCGAGAUCGGAGCACAAGUCCUUUGUUUGGUGUGGUACGGAGCGCAAUUACAUUUUUUUGGUGUUUGGUAAUGAUUUUUUCCUUCACAGUGGUAUUUAUUAAGUUGUUCGUUUUUUUUUUGUGGGGUAGGGGUUGGAAGACAUGGUUAUUGAAGGCGGGGAACAAGGAACAAGGAGCCAGAAAUUUGCUUGAAAGGGCCCGCCAAGACCGCUUUCACCUCUGAUACGUGGACAUUUCAACAAUAUCAUAUGAAAGGGAAAGCACAGGGGUUGUGCUCGGGUUCGUCGUGUGAGUUGCUGGCAUCGAUAUUUGCAAGGGAAUACGAGGCGUGGAAAAAGGUGUUUUCGCUGCC